GACUAUUUAGAAUGAGAAGACGAACGUCCUACUUUUUAUACCCAGAACUAUGAUUAUCCAGUUUGCAUAUAAGACCUGUAAUGCCAUGGCGAGUGACUAAUUUUUUUAAGACAGUGGCUUUAUAACAUACCACUGACACAAAAUGACAGCUAACCAGCAGGCCUCUAGUCCGAGAAAUUCUGGAGGUGUGUCUGUACGUCCAAGCCACCGGUCCUACAGGGCAUAUGUACGCCAGCAGCGGAGUCUGGUUGUGAAGGAGGAUGAUUUGGGUAGUCCCCGGUUAUGGCGUCAGAUGACAUGUGGAUUUGUGUGUGCAGCCUGUGUAGGACUAUGCAUGUUGACAGUAGGCAGUGUGUUUAUUGCCGAGGCUAUACACUCCCAGUAUUCCAUCACCAUCAUGCUAUGUGUCAUGGGAAUGGUUUGUGGUCUCAUCAUUUUGGUUGGAACUUUGAUUCUGGGAAAACUUUGGAUAUCAAGAAAAUGGCGGAUAGCCCACGGACAGCAGCCCUCUCAACAUCCACCACAGCAGUGUUUUCACACCUGUUCAGUAAUCAAUACCCCUUCCCAGGACCAGCUUGCCUACACUGCUGAUCCGCCUCCAGCCUAUGAAACCAUUAUGAUGACUGACCUGCCCCCAGGGGUCAUUUCCCCCGUCCAACCUCCCGAUGCCGAGCCAUCCACUUCCCAAUGUGUGACCAGACAUCAAGUGAAAGCUGUUAUGGCGCUCCCUCCAAAUUAUUCUGAUGUAUCGGCUCCAUUGCCAUCAUACGGUGAACCAGUUUAAAGUCGGUUUAUCUUCAGAAAGUCAGAAACCUAAAUGAUUUUAAACAGCCAAAUAUUGUCAUUAGAAAUUUGUACUUAUAAGGUACAUCAUAUGCUUGGCCAUUUAAUACUGAGUAAAUUGACUUUUGUUUUGCAGUUGUUUUAAUCUGAAGGUUUCUUUACAUAGAUUCCUGGGGAAAAAUGAUUCAUAUAUGAAAUUUAAAAUUUAAGACCAGAUGACAUUUUAAUUUACAAAAAGUGAUCACAAAAAGGUUCAAGUUUUAAAUCCUAGCCCAAGUUUUAAUCACUUUAACUUUACGAAUUUCAUUAAACUUGAAAUUUUCCAUUGGAAAGUAUGCAUUGCUUGAUUGAAGAGAAAUUUACAUGUUCCCAUAGGAAAGAAUUUAAGGAAUUUUCCAGAACUAAGAAAGGCAUUUGUUUAAGUUAAGGAAUAUUAAUGACACUGGGGCCUGGUUGACUGUUAAACAAAUUUGAUACCUGUAUUGUACUAAAUGUCCUUUUAUAAUAUUUUAGCAUUAAAUCUUGUCUAAAUUGAUAUACUUCAAGGUCAUUGAUACUCAUCCUUGAUACUCCAUUGGUUACAAUAAUUGCGUUCUGGACAGAAAGCAAUUUGAUCAUUACACCAGGAGUAUUAGGGAUGAACAAAGCUGUGCACUGCAGUGAUUUUGGCCUUUUUGGGACUGGUAAUUAUAUAUAUAAUGCACUCCAUUCCCAAUAAAGAUUCUUUCAUAUUAAAGCCAAAUUCUAAAAAUUUGGAGGAUUACUACUGAAAAUUUCAUCCUCAAUUUACCAAUUUUCUUCCCAUAAUCCCAAAUCGAAGAAAAAAACUUGCACUAUGUCACAAAUGUUUUUGUUUCUACAUAUACUCAUAAACAUUAUCAUUAACAAUAUUAAACUUUCUGUGAGUUAACUUUAAGUCAUCAUAAAACUUGUUACCAGAUGAUGUCAUGGUAAACACAGCAAACAUGACUGAACAAAAUCACUAUGAUAAAUUUUUAUAAUGAUCGUUUAACGUCAUGUGAGAUAAGUGGUAUUGACCAUUCUUAUCAUGUGAUAUUAUGUUAGGUAAGAUCGAGUUACAUGUAAUAUGUUAAAAAAUAUUACUUUUAACUGAUCAUGACGUUAAGGUCAAUUGAUGGCGUAAUGUAUUAAGAUAUGGCCAUGUGCCUGACGUCAUGGAGGAUAAUAAAUUUAUGACAUUGUGUGAUGUCAUGUCAUAGUCAUAUAUCACUAUUGACAUUAAAAUGAUUUCAUACAAAUAUUGGAGACUGAAGAUAUGAUCUUAUUUAAAUAUCUCAGCUUGUUCAGCCAUCAAAGUAAAAUUGAAUAAGUUAUAAGAAAAUUAUCAAAAUUGUCAAACUACCGGUACUUUAUUUGAUUAAAUAUUCUAUGUUUACAUGUGAUUUUAUAACUUAGCGUUGCAUUUGUAUAAACAAAACUAAUAUUUAUUUUGUAUUUUUGCUGUAUAAUAUAUACCGUACAUAUAUAUUUAUUUCAAAAGAUCAAAGAAAUAGGUAUAAAAUAUCCGAUGAAAUCUAUAAUUUUCAUUUUAUAUGUUUUUACGAUCUAUCUAUAUUGCUUUUGAUUAACGUUAAGCUUCAGCCUUCUCUCAUAUGGGGCACAUAUCAAGUUUAACAAAUGUAUGAACAUAAAUCAUGAAAUAUAUUUUGUGACAUAUGUGAAAAUAAAUGUUAUUAUACUGCUACCAUUUGUUCUGCAAAAUAAUGGCAAUAUAAAGAGGUUAGGCGUUAUACAAAAGUUACGUUAAUAGUCAUCCACCAAUGAAAUUAAAUCAAAGAUAAAUGUAACUUUUGCAGUGAUAAUUUUUAUCCAUUUUCACAUGGAAACAUGAAAUUACUAGCUCACCAAAACAAAUAUACUGCUUGACAGGCCAUUUUUGUCGAUAGCAUAUUUUUGCAGCUUACAAAUGUUGUAUUUUCCAUAUACAUGUAUGUAAUAUCUUUCUUUACAGUACUUCAUUCAGUCAGUUUAGCAAAAAAUUAGGGAAAAGGGAAAUGAAUUGAAUACACCAAGCUUGAUUCAAAAUUGUUUUGAACCAUUUACAUGGCUGAUAUAAAAAUAAUUUCACAAAUGUGUAAUUUGUUUGCAUAUUAAAGAUAUCGCUAUCACCGACUACAUUUUGUCUCAUUAAAAUCUCGUUAUGCAAUUUGGUUGCAAGAAGCCUUAAUUUUUGUUACCUUGAAGUUGUUAUUGGUGUAUAUAUUAUAGAUAUUGUACAUUCGUUUACUUAUGUAGGCCACUCGUGGAAUAUUUGUUUAUUGUGUAUUGUUACUUGUGACUUUAUACUUGUAAGGCCAUGUUAAAGUACUAGCUGUUGUAAGGCCAUGCAAAAUUUAUCUUAAUUUAUAAGCUUUUUUAAGCCUUACUGUAUUAAUUGAUAUGUACAGAUGUAUAAGCUUUUUAAAAAAUGUAACAAAUCAA